AUGAGAAAGUUCAUAACAGAAGAAGAGGCAAAAGAGGAUCUAAUUCAAGAGAUGAGGAAGGUCGAAGAGGCACAAGAGGUUAGGGUUCAAGCUAUGACGAAUUUAAAAGAGGCAGAAGAAUGGGCAGAAGUGACAAAAGGUGUUCUGGCUCGAGAGAUGUGCAGGUUGGAAGAGGUAGAAAAAGAGGCUCAGGAUCUAGCUAGGAAGGCCGUACAGGCAGAAGAGGCUCUAGCUCGAGGGACCCUAGAGGCCCGGGCUCAAGUUAGGAGGAAGUCCAUAGAGGCAGAAGAGGCUCGGGCUCAAGUUAUGCGGAAGUCCAAAGAGGCAGAAGAGGCUCGAGCUCGAGCUAGGAGGAAGUCCAAAGAGGCAGAAGAGGCUUGGCAUUCAAUGAUUUCAAGUGCGAAAGCCUAG